CGAGGCCGGGCUGCUGCACCCGCGUGGGUGGGCGAGGUCACGUUGAAAGCUGCGCGCGCAGUUCCUGUUCCCGCCCAUUCCGGGGGCGGGGCGUGCUCUCGCGGUGACUUGGGCACGCUUCGCUGUUUCUGUCAGUGGCUUCUGGUUGCCCGGAGGGCCAGUCCGGCUCUUUGGCGUACGGCCCUGGACCCUCCGGCGCUGCAGAGUCCCCCAACCAGGGGGCCUCGGACGCCAGGGCUCAGGAGGACCGAACCGGGCCUGAGCCGGAGUUGCCGCAGGGCCUUCCGAUCCCCGCGGCCAUCUCCCAAGUCUGGCCAAGCUGAUGGGACCAGUGAGGAGUCCUUGCACCUUGACGUUGAGAAGCUGAAGGAGAAGAGGGACACGCUGGACAAGGAGAUAUCCCAGUUAAUAUCUGAAGGCUACCGUGUGGAUGAACUGGAGGAGCACAUCUCCCAGCUGCACGAGUACAACGACAUCAAGGAUGUGGGGCAGAUGCUGCUGGGCAAGCUAGCUGUGAUCCGAGGCGUCACCACCAAAGAGCUGUAUCCAGAGUUCAACCUGGACGUGAACGACUGAGCUGGUUCUAGAGGCUCCCGCUCACAGCCACAGGGACGGACAGAUGUGGACUCCAGAGGCCAUUGGGGCCCAGCCAGCGCCCCGCUGGGUUUCCCGAGAGGAAAUGCUGGCGGCCCUUCUCUAGGAUGCCCAGGCUCAGGAGAGAUCCCCAAGGACAGGGCCAGAGAAGAGCAGGGACGGUGAGUCAGGGUUCCUGAAGUGUCCCACGGCUGCUAUGCGGGGCUGUGUGCACAUACACAUGUGCGCCUUCUCAGCAUGCAUCUGCUCAGGUUCCCUGUCCUUUGAUAGCCCCUGCUCGCACUUGGGAGCGAGCCAGCCUUGGGUUGUAGCCGCCUCACAUGGCGAGCACUGUUAAGCACCUCGAAGCCAUUAUCGUUCAUGCUUGUGGACUUGCCCAACCUAGGCUUAAGCCUGCAAUCCUCCUGGCUCAGCCUCCCAGAGUGCUGGGAUUCCAGGCAUGUACCACCGUGCCCAGCCCUCUAAUGCUUAAAAACAUGUCACACACAAGGAAGUUGAGGCUCUGAGAGGCAAAGUGACUUGCUCACUUGUCACACAGGCAGAAGUGGCAGAGCAGGGAUUUGAGCCCAAGCCUGACUGAAGCAGUGCUUUCUGGGCCGGGGAGACCGGAAGAGCUAGAGUGAGGAAUGAGAACACUGCUGGAUUCUGGUUUGGUCUGGGGUUUUUGUUUGUUUUUGGGUUUUGUUUUUGUUUUUUUGUUUUUUUUGUUACCGGGGAUCGAACUUGGGUCCUUAGCUUGCAAGGCAGGCGGUGGAAUUUUUUUUUUUCGAGACAGGGUCUCACUAUGCAGUUCAGGCUGGCCUUGAUCUCACUGU